AGCGCGGCGAAUAGACAUUGAGGUAACUGGGUUGCUUCCUGAGUAUUGAAUACAGAGUGAAGAACAAGAGACAGAGGGCGAGAUUGAUUCCCACCGACGUUAAAAGCGCCGAAACGAUCAUUUCUUCGGAGCAAAUGGAUCGAAUUCAAAUAGGCACAGUUCAAUUUUCGAACUUUGAUCUAGUUGAUUGGGAAAGUGAUGAACUUUCAGCAGGAAGCAACCGACUUUUUCGAACUUUGAGCAAAGUUGAGGGUAGAGGGGAGGGGUAGGAUGGAGAUUUGAGCCUGAGAGUUACUGUGCAACGGAAUGUAUCUCCCUUUGUUUUUCGAAAUUGACGAUUGUACCCCUGUGUCCGCGUUGGCUCCCGCCAUGUACCCCUGGGACUUAUAUCUGUUCAACAGAAUGAACCGCUCCUUCGAUUGCGUUUCGACAGCGGCCGGCGCCGCCUCGUCGUUGCCGCCGUCCAAGAGACCAGCGUUCUUAAACAAAUCUGAACUCGAGCAGUCAGCCCUCCAACUCCGCCGAGAGGAAGCGGAACAGCAUAAAAGCCGACAACACCAUCAUGUCGUCCCGAAUCCCUUCAAUUCCGUCCCCGCCACCGAUUACCAUCGCGACCGGGAAUCGGAGAGGCGGAAUCGUGACCGAGACCGGGAAUGGAACCGUGAUCGUGAACGUGAAUAGGAGGCCAGGCAGCGGGAGCGAGAGAAAGUGCAGGAAAGGGAAUGCCAAGUGAGAUGAAUGGUAGUGUUUUAGGCAGGGGCAGGAAAGGGAAUUUAAACUUAUAAGUCAUAGGUAGCUCUCACUUUGAGGCUGUUUAAGAAGGAGAAAUUUUAGCACGACGGUCACACAUAUUAUAACACGAGUGAAUUGAUAGUACUACGACGAUCACACCAAAACAUUACUCAAAAGGAAAGCAGGCUGGGACGGGCAGGUGGGUUCAGUGCCCCUUGUUUGGAGGAAGGCGUCUGCAACUUUCAUUGUUGUGGAUAUGAAUCAAGCAUUACAUUAGGAACAAAAUUCGUUGUUCACAUCCUUUUUUCUUACUGUUAGCUGAGGGUGCGCAAUUACCUUACUGCACAAUUUCCUGGUGGAGCAAAACCAAGGAAACUGUGCAGCACUUAACAUGUUAUGGUUAGGUGGUCCUUCAGUUAAAAGUCUAGAGACGACUUGCGAGCAGCAUUUGCAACCUCUGAACUGAAGUCUUUGCAAAUACUUCAGAUGAGGCCUUGUCCGGUUGCUCCCACCACCCACCCACCACCAACGCCGGCUGGCUUCAUAUAUUAGUCCAACUUGUACACUAAAUUCCCGUAGCGUAGACUUCGGGUGGUCCACCCACCUUCAAUCCUACUCCACAUAUCUCUCGAGACUCUUACCCACGCCUGCCGGCGAAAUACUAUGAUCUAUCCUUUCUUAGCUACAUUCUUCUCAGCAAAAGCUUAGAAAUCACUUUUUCUUAUUUUCUUUGAGUAUUUCUCUCCAAGCAAUGGGUAACAUUGUCUCAAUAUCCCUGCCAAGCGAUCCCAUUUUUGAAUCUUCCUGCUGGGGUUCCCUUAUUCAACAGCCAAAAUACAUAAGUAGGCUAAAAAAAAACCUCGAAGCUCUGGGUCAUUCUUUUCGAGAACUGACCGCUUUGAAGGCUGAUGUGUUGAGAAAGGUUGAGGUUUCAGAGCUGCAGAGAUCCAUGAAGCGAUUGAACCAGGUACAACUGUGGAUUGAAAAGGUGGAAAAGAUUGAGAAUGAAGUCGCAGAAGUUGAGCAUGGUCGAGUUCAAGAAAUUCAGAAAUUGUGUUGCGGAGGUUACUGCUCAAAAAACUACUUGUCCAGCUUCAAGUAUGGAAAAAAAGUGUAUAAAAAGCUGGCAGAAGUCGAUGCUUUAAAGAACAAGGGCGUUUUUGCGGAGGUCGCAGAAGAAACCUUCCUGGCAACUUUAGUCCAUGAAAGACCUAUGGAACCAACUGUAGGCAUGGAAUUUGUGUUUUAUAAGGUUUGGAGCCAGCUGGAAGAUGAACAUGUGGGAAUAAUUGGUUUGUACGGGAUGGGAGGGGUGGGUAAGACUACCCUACUGACCCAAAUCAAUAACAAAUUGCUCCAUGUUGAUUUUGAUCUCGUGAUAUGGAUUGUGGUAUCCAAGGACCACAAUGUUGAAACUGUCCAAGAUAAGAUUGGUGACAAGAUUGGGCUUUCCAGCGACUCGUGGAAACAAAAACAGCAGUCAGACAAAGCUGAAGACAUCUGCAGGCUCUUGAGCGCGAAGAAGUUUGUGUUAUUGUUCGAUGAUAUGUGGGAGCCUAUUGAAAUAACCAAAUUAGGGGUUCCUAUUCCUAACCCACGCAACAAGUCUAAGAUAGUCUUCACAACUCGCUCGGAGGAUGUAUGUGGUCAGAUGGACGCUCAAAAGAAGAUUAGAGUGGAGUGUUUGGCAUGGGACAAGGCGUGGAACUUGUUUCAGGAGAAGGUUGGGAGGGAGACACUUGGUAUUCACCCAGAUAUUCAACGACUUGCUCAAACUGUGGCAAAAGAGUGUGGAGGUUUGCCACUCGCACUAAUUACUGUUGGUCGGGCCAUGGCUUGCAAGAAAACAACUCAAGAAUGGAACCAUGCGAUUCACAUUCUGAAAAAAUCUGCGCACGAGUUUUCAGGUAUGGAGGAUAAGGUGUUCCGUCUAUUAAAAUUUAGUUAUGAUAAUUUAGCCGAUGAGAAGGUCAGAUCUUGCUUCUUAUAUUGUGCUCUAUAUCCAGAAGAUUUCUUUAUAUUUAAAGAUGAUUUAGUGUAUCUUUGGAUGUGUGAGGCAAUGUUGGAUGAAUAUGGGAGUGUAGAGGAAGCAAAAAACAAGUGUUACGAUAUUAUAGGAACUCUUGUUGCUGCAUGUUUGUUGGAAGUUAACUUAGAUAUGGUAAAGAUGCAUGAUAUGAUUCGUGACAUGGCAUUGUGGUUAGCUCGUGACUGUGCAAAAGAAAACGACAGUUUCCUUGUCCAUACAAGUGCCCAUGCAGCGCCGGAAGUCAAAAAAUGGAAAACUGCAACAAGGGUGUCGUUGGUAGAUAAUCAUAUUGAAAGUAUAGUUGAAACACCAAAAUCUACCAAGUUGUUGACCUUAUUGAUUCAAGGAAGUUAUAUUAGCAGAAGUCCUCUCAAUAUGAUUGUUGAUGGCUUCUUCGAUUACAUGCAUAAGCUGCGAGUUUUGGAUUUGUCUAGAAAUGAGAAGCUAACCCAAUUGCCAUCUGGAGUUUCAAACCUGAUUGCCUUACAGCAUCUGAAUUUGUCUAGGACUGGUAUAAUAGAAUUGUCGAUCGAAUUGAAGGCCUUAGUAAGGCUGAAAUAUUUGAACUUGGAGCAUACAAAUCAACUUAAUUUUGUUCCACCUGAAGUAAUAUCAAAUUUUCACAUGCUAAAAGUUCUGAAAUUGUUCGGCUGUAGUUCUUCAGACAGAAUUCUUUUUGGUGGUGAAAGAGCCCUGAUAGAGGAAAUCGAGGGUUUGAAACACCUUGAGGUAUUUACUUUGACCAUACGAAGUAGCUAUUGUUUCCAAAAAUUGUUCAGCUACAACAUAAUAGUGACCAGCACUCAGUAUCUACACCUCUCGGAUGGCAAGAACUACUCAAGCGUUCUAGAUAUAUCAUCUCUCGCGGACAUGAAACAUCUGCGUGGCCUUCAUAUCAACGAAUAUCCUAAUCUGGAAGAAAUGGAGAUUUAUUGGGCAGGACAAGCGCCUAAUGAUCCUCGGAACGCAAUGAUGAGAAACCAAAGUCGCUUCUGUGGCCUUGAGUACGUAGAUGUAUGCCGGUGCCCAAAUCUCAAGGACCUGACAUGGCUCGUUUUCGUGCCCAAUCUCAGAAUCUUAGAAGUGCGUGACUGCUCUGAAAUGGAGAAAAUAAUCGAUUUGGAAAGAUUUGGUAGAAUGGCAGGUGCGGUGAAAGAACAAAAUGCUUUCGCAAAACUUACAGAUCUGCAUUUGGAUUCACUACCACGGCUAAGGAGCAUAUAUGACAAUGCCUUACCAUUUCUGCAUCUCAACCAAAUCUUGGUAUAUGAAUGUCCGGCGUUGAAGAAGCUGCCACUCAACUCUACCAGUGCCGAACGACGUAAUCUCAUUAUAUAUCAGGGGACAGAAAGAGUGGUGGAAUGGCUUAGAAUGGGAGGAUGA